AGCCCGGAGUUUCACCGCACUCUUCGCUGUCAUAGGCUGCCUGAUACGACUUAUCAUUGGCUCGUUGUGCACACUCUGCUGUUGCGCUGUGGCGCGUACUUGACAUUGAUUUCAAUUCAUGGAGUUGGAUGAUAAACUGUGAAUGAUUGGUGUGAAUGGGGGGGAGAAUCUGUGGCUAAUUAAAAGGGCAGAUGUGAGGAUGACAUUUGGACUGUAGUGUAUUUUGGAUUGAGGACAGCUGAUGUUCGUUUACAGUACCGUGCUCCCUCGUGCGUUUUGAUGAGGUUUUUGGAUUUCUACCAUCCGCGGCGUUUCAGUUAUCAUUAAGUUAAUUGCGUUGGACUGUCGGCCAAAAAUAUGCAUUUGUUUGUUGUUUUUAUGUUGUCAACUUUUGUUGUGUGUGAAACAUUGUCCUCUCGGAGCGUUUUUACCAAUCACUGGGCUGUACGAAUCAUAGGAGGACCUAAAGAAGCUGAUAAACUUGCUUCAAAAUAUGGCUUCACAAAUUUGGGUCAGAUUGGUGGUCUGGAAGACCAUUACCAUUUCCAUCACAGUCGCGUUGUGCGUAGGUCCACCUUUGCUGCCAGGGGUGCCCACAGCUUCAUCCACAUGGACCCCAAGGUGGGCUGGAUCCAGCAGCAGAUCGUAAAGUCUCGCGUGAAGCGAUAUGCCCGCAGUGACCCAGACUUCAUCUACUUCAAUGACCCCAAGUGGUCCAAAUUGUGGUAUAUUCACAGCGGGGAUAAAACCAGCCAAUGCCGUUCUGAAAUGAACAUCCUGGCAGCCUGGCAGCGGGGCUACACGGGGCGAAAUGUUGUCGUCACCAUCCUUGACGAUGGGAUAGAGAGGAACCACCCUGAUCUAGCCCAGAACUAUGACCAGCUAGCCAGCUACGAUUUCAACGGCAACGACCAUGACCCAACACCAAGAUAUGACUCCAGCAACGAAAACAAGCAUGGGACGCGAUGCGCAGGGGAGGUUGCUGCUGUAGCCAACAACUCACACUGCGUUGUGGGCAUCGCCUACAACGCCCGAAUCGGAGGCAUUCGGAUGCUGGAUGGGGAUGUGACUGAUGUGGUCGAGGCAAAGUCUUUAGGUAUUCGGCCGGACUACAUUGACAUAUAUAGUGCCAGCUGGGGCCCUGAUGACGAUGGCAAGACCGUGGAUGGCCCAGGCCCCUUGGCCAAACAAGCUUUUGAAGUGGGCAUUAAAAAGGGUCGCAAGGGCCUGGGCUCCAUCUUCGUGUGGGCAUCAGGGAACGGCGGGCGCCAGGGCGACCACUGUUCAUGCGACGGAUACACCAACAGCAUCUACACCAUCUCUGUGAGCAGCAGCACGGAGAAUGGCAACAAGCCCUGGUACCUGGAAGUGUGCUCCUCAACCCUGGCCACCACCUACAGCAGUGGAGAAUUCUACGACCGCAAAAUAGUUACCACGGACCUGCGUCAGCGCUGUACAGACGGUCACACGGGGACGUCCGUGUCUGCGCCCAUGGUGGCUGGAGUCAUCGCCCUAACGCUGGAGGCCAAUCGCUUAAUAACUUGGAGGGAUGUGCAGCACCUUUUGGUAAAGACGUCAAGGCCAGUUCACCUGCAAGCUAAUGACUGGAAGACCAAUGCAGCAGGACACAAAGUCAGUCAUCUCUUUGGCUUUGGUUUGGUGGAUGCUGAGGCAAUGGUCAUAGAGGCCAAGAAAUGGCGAAGUGUUCCUCCUCACCACACCUGCACUAAGAUAUCGGACUGCAAAACCACGUACAUCCGGCCGGAGCAGACGCUGAACGCCACCAUCAGUAGUACGGGCUGCAGUGAGCAGCCAGAGCACCACGUGGCCUUCUUGGAGCACGUGGUGGUGCGCGUAUUCAUUGACCACCCGCGGCGCGGGGACCUGGAGAUCAGCCUUGUCUCACCGGCGGGGACCCGCUCCCAGCUGCUGUUGAAGAGACUCUUUGAUAACUCCAAUGAGGGCUUUAAGAACUGGGAGUUCAUGACGGUGCACUGUUGGGGUGAGAGGGCAGAGGGCACAUGGACGCUGGAGAUAUCCGACUCACCCUCUCAGCUCCGCAACCCAGAAGUGUUGGGUAAGAUGAAGGAAUGGACUCUUAUUUUGUAUGGCACAGCAGAGCACCCCUACCAGUCUCAUGGCUCCCACUCUCGCUCACACAUGCUGGAGGUCUCCAGUGUGCAAAGCACAGAGCCUACGCUGGGGAUUCCCCAGCCUGAAGAACAGGAAGAGGAGGAGUAUAACGGGCCGUGCCACCGUGAGUGCGGUGACCAGGGCUGUGAUGGACCUCACGCUGAGCAUUGCCUGAACUGUGUCAACUUCAGCCUGGGCAGCCUGAAGAGCGGCAGGACCUGCAUUAGCCACUGUCCACUGGGCUACUUCGAGGACGUGGAAGCCCGUAGGUGCAGGCGCUGUCACCGAGGCUGUGAGAGGUGCGUGGGCCACAGCCCGCACAACUGUCGCUCUUGCCGUAGGGGCCUGUUCUUCUAUGCCUUGGAGAGCUCCUGUGUAGCGGCCUGCCCUUCCGGAUACUUCCCAGACGAUGCUCAGAGACAUUGUCUACAGUGCCAUGAGAAGUGCAGGCACUGCCUGCAUGAGUCGGACAGAUGCACAGCCUGCAGUGAAGGCUUCAGCUUAGCCGGAAUGACCUGUGUUCCGGAGUGUGUCAAUGGGACCUUUUUUAACCUGGAGGAAAUGAAGUGUAGCCCCUGCCACAUGUCCUGCUCCACCUGCACAGGGCCAGGCAUGAAGGAGUGCAUCCACUGUGCCCAAGACUUCCUGCUCCAGGAGUGGCGGUGUGUCCGUAAAUGUGCUGCCGGAUACUACGAGUGCGAGAAAACAGAGUUCCUAAAGAGGAUGUGUUGCAAAUGUGAGGAGAACUGUGGGAACUGCCAAGGGCCUGGUGCAAGCUGCACUCAGUGCAGGAACGGCUACAACCUGGUCGACGGCACGUGUAUCGUCAGUGCCACCUGCAACAAUGAAAGCUCAGACAGGAGGCUGUCCAUGGCAUGGUCAUGUCUAAGCAGUGUGCCAGCGGAUGAGGUGUUCUGUGAGAUGGUGAAGUUCAAUCGGCUGUGUGAGAAGAAACUCUUCCGCCAGUUCUGCUGCAGAACCUGUCGACUGGCAGGAUAAAGGAUACAUGAAUAGAAAAGAGAGGAAGGCAGACUACACUUUUAUAUAGCUGUUAUCUGAUGUACAUUUUAAACCAAUUAUAUCCGUGGUUUCAAAGACAACAAACCCCUCAUCUCAAUAAACCCUGACAGGGUGCUGUUUGAUUGCCAUAAGAUAUAUUUUUAAGAUUGUCUGUUUUAUAAACCUCAUAUAGCACAUGUAUAGAUUGUUUAUUUUCACUUCAAAGAUCAUUAUGAAACAGACUGCUAGGGAUGUGACCUUAAGUAAUAAGCUUAUGGACCAACAUUCUUGCAAAUUGAUAAGCGCAUUUCCAGUACUGACCUCCUAGAAAUUAUGCAAGAUUAUUCCUUUCAAACAAUAAUGUCAUUAAACAAAUGUUGUGUAAGUCUGAAAAACUUCCAUCACUGACGUGUAUCACAAAAAAUAAUAUUAUACUGAAGGGAAGUGUACAUAUUGUACAUACUGAAGGAUUCCUCAUGUCUGUACUCCUUCCUUAUGUGGGAGUAUUCCUUAUGUAAGAAAGGCAGAAUAAACCUGUCUGUGGACGCCAA